UCUCUCCUUCAGAAAUCUACCAUUUAGCAUCGUCGGUGGGCGUGGCGCUGGCCGAGCUCACAUUCAGUCGCAUUCGCUCACUAGCACAUAUCGAUUCCGGACCGAGCCGGAGCUCACUCCUUGAAACAUGAAAUCCGGCGGAAUGUUGGGACUUUGGAUGGCCCUCGUCGCCACGGUCUUCGCCGAGGAGACCACUAUGCUCAUGCCUGGCGUUAUGCCUGAGAAAGAGACCUAUGUUUGUACGUCGAUGCCGCUCGACCCCGAGACGGAACACUAUCUCAUUGGGUACAAGCCUCAGGUUGGAGAGAAGAAUGCACAUCAUAUUCUGUUGUUUGGUUGUGAAGAACCUGGAAGUGAUGAGCCAGUUUGGGACUGCGGUGAGAUGACCCAUCUAGCUGAUGGAAUGAAGCGUUAUCCCACUUGCAAAUCAAAUCCUGCCAUUCUCUACGCUUGGGCGCACUCGGCAACUGAGCUCAAACUUCCUGAGGGUGUUGGCUUCAAGGUUGGCGGACGAUCUGGUAUCAACUAUCUAGUCAUGCAGCUCCACUACAACAGAGACAACGAGCUACCAGAUCACAGUGGUGUUACCAUCACUCAUACCACCACACCUCAACCUAAGACCGCAGCCACCAUGCUUAUGGUUACCGGAGGUGUUCUACCAGCAAAAUCUUAUGAAUCGUUUGAGACAGCUUGCGUGAUUGAGGAGGAUGUGACGAUUCAUCCGUUCGCGUUCCGUACUCAUGCACACGACCACGGUUAUGACACCAGUGGAUGGCUUGUUGAUGAGGACGAGAAUGGCCAAGACCACUGGUAUCUCAUUGGACGACGCAAUCCACAACUGCCACAAAUUUUCGCACCAGUUCACAACAAGACUUUGACUGUUAGCCAGGGACAAAUGAUUGCUGCAAGAUGCCUUAUGAAGAACGACGAGAACCGCAAUAUCCCAAUGGGACAGACUGGAGCUGAUGAGAUGUGCAAUUACUACAUGAUGUACUGGGUUGAUGGCGAUAGGGUUCUCCAAGACAACACUUGCUAUUCACCAGGCGCACCAUACUAUCACUGGGCAACCGAAGGCGGGCUCAACCAUAUCCCAAAGUAAAAUCCACGCACGACCAAUUUUUGGCGUCGAAUCGAGACACGGGCUGAGAUUUUUAGGGGGGAGAGUGAGUAAGACAGAGAUCAUCUAUACGUUUUGAGUUGUAUAAACAUGUUGCACCUUUAUUGGAACACGUUCCUACAUUGGCAGAAAUUACGGUAGCAUUACGGUACUGGCUUUUGUGAUAUGAUUAGACUGUGACAUUAGAGCAAAGCUUCUUCUUUUCUCUCUCAAGGAUUUUCUGUUUUAUUUUGGGAAGUAAAUCGAAGUGGUGUUGAUUAAAGCAUUU